UCUUAACUGAACUUGGCAGAGUGGCAGUGGCAGUGCACGUUGGUACAAAAUUGUUUUGAUUUAUUUUGAAAAGAAAAACAUAAUUCUUGUUUUGGUCCAAAGGACAGCCCGCAAGUUGAUGUCUACCAUCUGAUUUUAAAAUGUAUUUUUGUAUUCACUUUUAUUCAUAAAUAACGACAAUGCUUUGAAUCUAGCCUUUGAAUCUAGUCCUGCCUGUACUGUCAAAAUUUAAAGGUUAUACCUUCUGCUGCGUUUUUAACAAGUCUCAUGAUAUUUGGGAUUUUACUGAAAAUCAUUGAGUUACAUCUUUGAAGAAACAACCAUGGCUGAAUAUACUGAAUAUGGAUUUGGCAUGCGUCUGGAUGCUAACCUUCCCAGAUUAAAUGCUGGAAUUACUUUACCCAAGAAGGAUAUCCCAACCCCAGAACAAGCUCUGCAGUCAAUUCGUUCUCUCCUACGGUCAAGGCCAGAUGUUGAAUUUACCAGGACAGAUGAUGAGUUUCUUCUAAGAUUCCUUCAUGCAAGGAAAAUGAAUGUGCAAGAAAGUUUUCAACUGCUUACCAAUUACUUUUUGUACCGCCAACGCAAUCGCCACCUGUUCAUUCAUCUCAAUGCCCAGGAUGAGUCCAUUCAGCUGGCUCUGAAGGAUGGUUUUCCAGGAGUUCUUCAACAGAGAGACAGGAAGGGAAGAUGUGUCCUAGUAAUCUUCACCGCUCACUGGGAUCAUUGUAAUUAUUCCUUGAUAGCUGUUUACAGAGCUCUGUUGUUGACUUUAGAAAAGCUUGUUGAAGAGAAGCAGAAUCAGCUGAAUGGUUUUGUCGUGGUCGUUGAUUGGACUGACUUUUCUUUCCGACAAUCUUCAAAUUUAAAUCCUAAAGUUCUUAAACUCAUGAUUGAAGGGCUUCAAGACUGUUUUCCAGCUCGCUUCAAAGGAAUUCAUUUCAUUAACCAGCCAUGGUAUGUGGAAGCUUUACUGACUAUGAUACGCCCAUUUCUAAAGGAAAAGACUAAGGAAAAGAUUUACAUGCAUGGCAACAACAUGAGUACUCUUCAUGAGUAUGUGAGCAAAGAUAUAUUACCAUCAGAGCUUGGUGGAGAAGGACCUUCAUUCAAUCCUACAGUGUGGUCAGACCGUUUGCUGGAGGAAAGUUUGAAAACCGCAGAAGAUCCCUUAAACGAUACCAUAUCAGAGGGAAGUGGAAAUGAUUCUGACAGCAGCAGCAGCACAGAACCUGAAGGGCCGAGCCCAAUUUCCAGUAAUGUGAGGAAGUCUGAAACAGUACCAGAUUCCUUAAAUGGAAAACAAUUUACUAAGAAGCCACUGGCUCGAAAGAGUAGUCACGCUCUUACACCCAUUUCACCUGCUGCAAAGAAGUCCUGAUAAAUAUGGUAGACUACCAUUUUACAAUAUAACUUGUUGUUAACCACAUAUUGUGGGUGGAGGGGAGGUGAUUGUAGCAUGAAUCAGUAUUCCUGCUAUAGCUAGACUUAAAUUGAGGUCUGAUGAUAAAUAUUCUAAUUUUUGAUUAGGAUUUGAACCCUUACUGUACAAUGUUUAUUUUUUACAUUUUAGAAAAAAUGGGACUACUGGUAGUUUGAGUCGUUUUUAUGAUUCAUGUUAUAAAAAAAUCUGUCAAGUCACAGAAGCGUCCUGGCCAGGGUAUCUUGACAAAGUGUGUCUUGCAGGACACAGCCAAAAUCUUGAAGCCAUCUGGAAUGGGCGGGUCUUUGUCCAGGUUGGCCUAUCUGUUUCGGAUUCUGAGACUGGUUUUGAGAGUACUGCCCAAUGGUGGUGUAUUGCUCCCAUCCCAACGCUACCAACAUAGAAUGGCCGGGACUCUAGAAUGUCUAGUGUCUUGAAUGUCAGACUAAAUUUGCUCCUCUUUUGUAAAGAAUAAGUUUGAGAGUUAUAAACUUGGGCCACUUAAAAAAUAUUUAAUGACCUUUUUAUGAUCUAUGUGAUGAUUUGUCUAAGAUCUGUGCCAACUAAUUCCAAAAUGGUUGCUCUUCUGCUGACUUUGUUUUUAGAGUAAGCAGUGUACUUCCCUGUCUUCCAAUUUCAGAAAUGAACAGUAUUUACUUCCACAGUAUUAUCUUUACCCAGUAAUAGUUUUAAAACUUGUAAUAAUUUUCACUUUAUUGCUGCCUUGAGUUUGUCUUCUGCUUUCAAAGAGUGUCUCAAGCGACAGCUGGUAUCUAUCUCCCUGUUUUAUUUUCUUUGUCUUUUUGUUUGUUGUAAUGGCAAAUGCAUAUUUAGCUAUAAGCAAGUUGUGCCAAGAACCUUUGGACACGUUAUUGUUUGGUUUGGUAGCAAGCAUAUUAUUUCUCAAAGCAUUUGGUGUGGAUCUAAACAAAGAAAUCCUUUUUAUAUUUUUGUGAGUGUAGACACCAAAAGAUCUGACUUAAUUAUUCUUGACUGGAGGGUUUAGUACCACAAGUUGCAUCUCCCUCAGUUAUUUUGUUUGUCUGUUUGUUCGUGGGUUUUUUUUUUGUUGUUUUUUUUUUUUAGGAUUGUGUGUUAUUCUUUCAGUUUUCCCUCUGUGUACCUUGCUUUUUAUUGUGAUUCUCAAACUAGUUUAGUUUCCUGUGAUGUUUUUAUUUCAACCUCUUACUUUUCAAAAACCAAGGCUUAGCACUUCUCUUAUCUCUUGUUGGAACUUAUUUUCCAUAAAUUGACCAAUCAGUUCUUGUUUCUUGCUCUGCCUUAAAAAUGUAUUUAUAUAUUUUUCCUCACAGCUUUCUUAUUUAAUCUUAUUAUGUUUUGGUUGGUGUUACCAUGGUGUUACCUUUUUAUGUGAUUGUAAUUUUAAAUUUAAAAUAUUAUCUGCAGUGUUUAAUUUUCAGAGCCCUUGCACUUAUGUUCCAAAAAAGUAAGCUGUAAGUGAGCUGCAACAGUAUUACCAUUAUUAUGAGUUCAAUGGAUCUGUAUGCAUGAGAUUUAUAUGGUUAUUCCUGUUUUUCUUAUUGUUAUUUUAGUUUAGCGAAAGCAACACUUGUACUUAUACCUGUUUACUGCAAGUAAUGCUGUUGGUUAUCCAUGUACUUAAUUGUUUCUGUUGAUUUUUCCUCUUUCGUUAAUGUGAUAUUCUGAAAAAGUUUUUAAAAAAUCUCCUCAAUGUACAGUAUGGUACAGUUUUCUACCAUGAGUUUUUCGUAUGUUUAGUGUAAUCAAACUGGACUAAAGGAAAAUUUUCUUUGGUGUUUUUUUAUUAUAUGAGUUGGUGGAACUGGUGCUGGUAAAAUUCCUACGGUGCUGGUAAGAUUCUCAUUAUGUCUUAUAUGAAACGGAGACUUCUUGUUUUGCUUUAAACUGGAAGAUCAACUUCCAUACUGCAUUGUGUCUCCUUUGUAAUCACAUUGCAUUCUUGUUUAAUUUGAAUUAGAGAUAAAAGGCAAUAUUAUCUGUGAACAUCAGAUGAAUUUUAACCAAAGUUUUAUUGUUAACAUGCUUCUGACACAUCAGUCAAAGACUGUGUUCAUUUAUGAUUUUGUGCUGCAAUACCCGCUGUCAGUACUGGCCUGAAAUCUGUGCUGGAAUGAAAGGGCUGUGUGUGCAGUGAAGACUCGGUUGUUAGAUACAUUGCAAUUUCGUCAUUCCCCUGUACGUGACACCAGGCAUGCAAUAAACCUGAUGCCUGUCAUUCCUGAUUUUAGUCAAGUGAGAACAAAUAUGAUGCUGGUUUUGUAAGAUGCUUGCCCAUGUGUUGUUUGGAAAUAAUAAAGAAAAAUCCUUUU